AGUUAUACACAUUACAAGUUGUAACACAAUAUUAAUAUAUAAUUGAAGUGCAAGUUGAAAUGCACUUGUUUUUAUCAUAAUAUAUCUAUAUACAUGAUUCAUUUUAUCAAUAUAUAAAUGAAAUUUUUACUUUAGUCAUGUAUAUAUAAAAGAUAAUGACAUAUUAAUUCAUAGCCUGCGGACAGACAGACAUAAUAAUGUACACGUAAAAUAUUUGUUAUGGUUCAGUUACUCAAUGGGUACACGUAUUGGUUAUGGUUCGGUUCUUGUCGGCCAUUCUAUCUGCGUUGUGUGUGAGUAAGCUUUGCUGCCUGUUCCUCGACUAGGUCACAAACAACAAAGGUUUAUACAAUUCAGACUGCUAGAAAUGGCCAACGUCAAUAUUCGUCUUGGUGAUAAAUCUGACUUUCCAGCGGUUUUAGAAAUGUCUAAGGGUGUCUAUGAAGGUCUUGAUUAUUUCAUAGGCGAAUUCUUGAACUAUUUAGAUGACCCAAAUCGACGAAUUUUGAUCGCAGAGAAAGAUGGUAAAACUGUUGGCUUGCGAGUUAUACAUAUUAUCGAUGAUGGUGAAACGGCUAUUGUUCAAUCUCUUCGUGUACAUCUCGAAUAUCGUCGUCAAGGAAUUGGUAAGAGAUUGAUUCAAGAAUGUCGCAAUUUUGUGAGAAAGAAUUUCCCAAAAGUCAAAUUUGAGAGGCACACGGUAAUCUCGAAAAGUGUAGAACGUCUGGGAAUGCAAAAGAAAUCAGAUGACAUUUUAUUUCACGAAGUUGCAUUUUUUAUUUGUAUCGUGGAGGGUAACGAAUCAGAAAUGAGCUCUCGGCUUGCAAACCUCUCAACUCAUCGCUGUACUGCCCUAAAACAGUUAAGCAAACCUGAGUUUGAAUGUCUCCUAAAUCAAGGAAAGUUUGGUAACACCUUGUUCAUUAUAAAUUGGCAACCGUUCAAGGCUCUUGCGUCUAACAUUCCCAAAGGCUUGCUCAAGGAUGGUGACACAAUAUUCACUUCUUAUUCUGGUGAAUCCGUCCAAUCAUUAAGUCACUCGCGCUGGGGUCCAAUUGAGAAAUGUCUUCAAUAUUUUACUGCGUGCUACACCCUGGAUGAAGAGUUGCUUAAAAUUCAUCUCAUCAGGCAGUUGGAAAAUGCUAUUCAAAAACACCCUGGGGAAACAUUUAUUUUCAUUCCCGUCGUGGAUACAUCGCUCGUUGAUUGCGCAUCACAAAUUUUGUUCAGGGAUCUGUCGUUAAAAAAUGACGAUGCAGGAAAGGAAUACGAAAUUUUAAAUUUCUUUGAAAAAUCUCUUAUAUAAUGUAAUUAAUUAAUGCUCUGUUCACUGUCCAGACUCAUGAGCCUGUUUUUUUAGCUACUUUCAUUUUGCAUAAUUAUCCUAACGAUGUCGUGAUUGUCGUCGGCUGAAGUUGCAGAGGAAUAUCUUUGAUGCACUAUAUACUGCCAUACUCUGCAGGCAUGUAAAAUACUUCAUAAGUGUAAAAUACCGUAUAAGUCGUUUCUAAAAAUUUACAACCGUAUAAGUCGUUCCUUACACUCUUCGUAGAUUUAUGUACUGAUUUGCGACCCAAGUUUAUCCGUGCUCUAACUUACCAAUAUAGGAAAGGCGCCGGAUGAAUUGGUACGGUUACCCAUUUUAGCUGUAUCGUGCCAAUAAAUCGGGCCUAUAUAGCCUAGUCGAGUUCUGGAGUAUAUGAUAUGUUGCAUAUAUACCUCACGAGAAAGUUUGUAACGUUAGUUAUAUACAAUACCAGUUGUAACACAAUAUUAAUAUGAAGUUUAUAAAUUGAAGUGCAAACUGAAAUGCACUUGUUUUUUUCAUAAUAUAUCUAUAUACAGGAUUCAGAAUACAUAAA